AUGGCUCCAGACCAAAGCAAGGGACAGGACGAUAUCAGUCUUGCGCCUGUUCAUGAAGAGCCCACUAUAAAGAUAGCUCACGACAAGGCUACGGACUUCCUUGCGAGCCACGCCGACGGCGGAACGUCCUUCACCGCCGAAGAGGAAAAGGCCGUUCUUCGCCGGAUCGACCUUCGUGUUCUGCCGUUGCUCCUCGGUGCAUACUUCUUUCAGCAGCUAGACAAAAGCUCGCUCAGUUAUGUCUCCAUCUUUGGAAUCACCGAAGACGCACACCUGGUGGGCAAGCAGUACUCAUGGCUGGGUUCCAUCCUGUACCUCGCACAGCUCUUCUGGCAACCCGCAGCAGCCUUCAUCCUCGUCAAGCUCCCCACCGGCAAGGUAAUUGCGGCCGCCAUUUUCCUCUGGGGUUGUUCUCUUGCCAUCAUGUCUGCUUGCACCGACUUUAAAUCCUUGCUCGGGAUGCGUUUUGUACUCGGGUCUUUCGAAGCCAUGAUCGCGCCGAGCUGCGUUGCUGUCACGCAAAUGUGGUGGCGCCGGAGCGAACAGACUCUGCGGACGAGCUACUGGAACGCCAUGAACGGUGUGACUUUUAUCGUGGGAAGCCUCUUCACCUACGGCCUGGGUCAUAUCCACAGCGAGAAGAUGUUCCGCUACCAGAUAAUCUUUUUGUUCUGCGGCCUCUUGACAGUUUUGUACUCUGUUGUUGCUCUAGUCUUCAUGCCAGACUCCCCGAUGGAGGCCAAAUAUCUCCGGGAACGGGAGAAGGUCAUUGCGGUCGAGCGGCUCAGAGCGAACCAGAUGGGUGUGGCGUCUAGGACAUGGCGAUGGGGCCAUGUGGUGGAAACGCUCUUGGACAUGAAGACAUGGUGUUGGUUCAUUGCUAUUAUUGCGAUCUCCAUCGCCAGCGGUGGCAUCGGGACUUUUGGCAACCUCAUCGUCAAGUCGUUUGGAUACUCGAGCUUCGAGACCAUUCUGUUCAACAUUCCGUUCGGCGUGAUCCAGGUCGUUGCCAUUGUCGGCACUGGGUGGUUAGCCACCAGGUUCCAGCGCAAAGGCUUGGUGAUUGCUGGCGUCAGCGUCCUGCCCACCAUCGGGACUAUCCUGAUGCUGACGGUGUCGCGAGAGCACAAGGGCGUCCUGUUGUUUGGCUAUUACCUGGUGUCGUGCAUGGCCGCCAUCACGCCGCUGAUCUACGCAUGGCAGGCGCAGAACACGGGAGGCGACACCAAGAAGAAGUGCACGUCGGCCAUGGUGUUUAUCGGAAUGUGCACGGGCAACGUCAUCGGCCCUCUGCUGUACUCGACCGACCAGGCGCCUCUUUACCGACCCGGGCUGAUCGCCGACCUGAUCAUGUUCGUACUGGUGGGUGUCCUGUCGGCCCUGAUCCCCUUCUACCUCGUGUUUCUCAACCGCCGCCAUGCUCGGAGACGAGAGGAGCUGGGAAAGACGGCGGACGUGGUGGACGAGUCGAUGGUUGGCAAGAGGCAGCUGGAGAUGAGCAAGGCGGUCGAGGUUGAAGAAGGAGGGGGCGCGGGUGCUGAUGCCCAUCAUCAACGGUCGCUCGAGGAGGAUAACGCUCUGCAGGACAUGACGGAUCUGCGGAACGAGGAUUUCAUUUUUGUGUAUUGA